GCUUAGUUUCUCAAGUAGUUAUUAUAUUAUGGAAUAUAUUGUGCAUUUUGUAGCAUUAGUAUUGUUAUCCUCCGGACAGCUAGGAUGCCUGAUGAGUGGAGGGAGAGUCUCUUGGUCCCUCUGUUUAAAGGCAAAGGUGACAUUCAGAGCUGCGAGAAUUACAGAGGCAUCAAACUGCUUAGCCAUACCAUGAAGGUUUGGGAGCAAAUCAUUGAGUGUAGGGUGCGGAAAGGGGUUUGCAUCUCUGAGAACCAGUUUGGCUUCAUGCUUGACAGAUCGACUACAGAGGCCAUUCAUCUCGUGAGGGGGUUAAUGGAAGAGUAUAGGGCUAGGAAAAAGGACCUUCAUAUGGUGUUUAUUGACCUUGAGAAGGCGUAUGAUAGGGUGCCUAGGGAGGUCUUAUGGAGGUGCCUUGAGGGGUCUGCCCUUAGCCCUUUUUUGUUCGCCUUGGUGAUGGAUGUCCUAACUCAAGGUGUUCAAGACGGGGUCCCAUGGUGCAUGCUUUUUGCGGAUGAUAUUGUGCUUAUCGACGACACACGUGAGGGACUAAACGAUAAGUUGGAAUUAUGGCGCCUUGCCCUUGAAACUAAAGGAUUCAGAAUAAGUAGGAACAAGACUGAAUACAUGGAAUGUCGUUUCAGCGGCCAGGAUACAGAAUCAGAGGUGGAAGUCAGGAUUGACUCGCACCUAGUACCUAAGGUAGACAGGUUUCGAUAUCUUGGCUCGGUAAUCCAGGCUGAUGGGGAGUUAGAUGCAGAUUUUGGACAUCGUGUUGGAGUGGCUUGGGCCAAAUGGCGGUUAGCUUCGGGGGUGUUGUGUGAUCCGAAUAUUUCGCCUAGAAUGAAAGGUAAGUUCUAUCGAUCCGUAGUCAGACGUGCUAUGUUAUAUGGGGCAGAGUGUUGGGCGGUUAAGAAGACUCAUGUGCGUCGUCUGCAUGCGGCGGAGAUGCGGAUGUUACGAUGGAUGUGUGGGAAGACAAGGUUGGAUAGGGUUUCAAACGAAGUUAUCCGACAUCAGGUUGGCAUGGCACCUGUGGAAGAUAAGUUGCGGGAAGCGAGGUUGAGAUGGUUUGGCCAUGUGAGACGGCGGGAUCCUGACGCCCCUGUAUGGAGAUGCGAGAGGAUUACAGUUAUCAGGGGAAAUAGGGGAAGAGGUAGACCUAGGAAGAAUUGGAAGGAGGUGAUUAGACAGGAUUUAGGACUUCUCGACGUGACUGAGGAUAUGGCCCUAGAUAGGAACCUUUGGAAAACUAGAAUUAGAGUAGCUGGAUAGGAGCUUGGUGUUGUAGAGGUUGUUUUGUAGUGUGUUGUAUUCGUUUGGAAUCUUCUACUAUUGCUUGUACUUGGUGCUUUAUCUGUGUUAUACUGUGUUCCCUUCCAUAUUUUUGUGCAGGUGGAGCCGGGGGUCUCUUGGAAACAGCCUCCCUACUUCCGAGUAGGGGCAAGGUCUGCGUACACACACCCUCCCCAGACCCUACUGUUGUGGG